CAAAGCUUCUCAGAUGAUUCCCACAUCGACCCAAGCCACAUUUUACUCGAGCAUGAGCUGAAUAAAAACUCAUGGACACGUAACGAUGAUGAUGAUGACGGUGACCAAGCCGACAGGGAUUUUUUUCGUCAGCCUUUACACUAUAAGCGAGACGAGGUGGUUGUUGGUGUUCUGGCUGCACACGUCGGCUUGUGACCGCGCUGCGGCGGUGGGUCUGUUGAGGGAAUUGUUGGAGAUGAUGGGUGUUGGGAGAAUCAGGACGGAGGGGGAGGAGAUAGAGACGGGAAAUGAAGAGAAACAAGUGGGGAUUGAAGAUUUGAUUCCUAGUGGCAAAGCUAUCAAGUCCCUUUGGGUGCGUGGGGUUGAUUUGCUUGGCUACUCCUUGAACUCUUUCAGGCUGCCGAUCAUUGAUGCUGAUUCGGCUCGACAUUCUCAGGUUGUGAGGUUGAGGAUGAACCAAGAUGACACCGACAGGCUUGUUGCUGGUUGCGAAUCAAGGGGUAUUAAACUCUGUGGAGCCCUGGCAGCUGCUGGUUUGAUUGCAGCUCGUUCCACCAAACCUUUCCCUGGUCAUCAAAGGGAAAAAUACGCCGUUGUAACCCUCACCGACUGUCGAUCCAUUCUUGAGCCAGCACUCGGUAGCAAUCAUUUCGGAUUUUACCAUUCUACAAUCUUGAGUACGCAUGAUGUGACCGCCGGUGACGAUGUAUGGGAGUUAGCAAACAGAUGUUAUACGUCCUUUUCCAAUGCCAAAAACAACAACAAGCAUUUCACUGAUAUGAAUGACCUAAACUUCCUCAUUUGUAAGGCCAUUGACAACCCAGGAUUGACUCCAUCAUCAUCUAUGAUAACUGCCUUCAUCUCAAUUUUCGAAGACCCUGUGAUUGAUGAAUCCAACAAACUGCACCAAGAAUUCGGCCUAGUCGACUAUGUGGGGUGUUCUUCGGUUCACGGCAUUGGUCCAACCAUUGCCAUAUUUGACACCAUUCGAGAUGGAUGUUUGGAUUGCACAUGUGUGUAUCCUGCGCCACUGCAUUCAAGAGAGCAAAUACAAGAACUGAUAGAGUCGAUGAAAAGAAUUCUCGCGAAUGGUAGUAGACUAGUAGCAGUGUGCAGAGCAAUAGCUAGAUUUGUUUUUCCAUCACUGAACAAUGUUGGCUCCAUGAACAAUUUCUUUACGAGUUGUAUCAUUACAAAUGGCGAUUGAAUAAGCUAUGAAAUUGUCAAUUC